AUGGAUGUGCCCAGGAUGGCUGAAGGCCUCUUCAGCAGCACGCUGUCCUCGUCAGGCGGCGGCCAUCACGUGCCUUCCUACCUGACGCUGGAGCAGAAGGCCGCCUUCGUCUUCGUGCUGCUGCUCUUCAUCUUCCUGGCCCUGCUCAUUGUGCGCUGUUUCCGCAUCCUGCUGGACCCCUACCGCAGCAUGCCGUCAUCCAACUGGACAGACCACACCGAGAAGGACACGUUCGAUUACCGCAUCGUCUGAGGAGCCCUGACGGUGCACAAAUUGGAAAAUUAAAUAAAACAGACUGAGCUGAUGCUUAAAGAGCACUUUGGCCCUAAGAACAAAUGACCGCUGAUUCACCA